AGGGGACCUAUACCACUUCUGAAGUGCUUGAGAUGGAAAUAAGUGAAAGUGAUUUCAGUGAAGAGGAGUAUCCAUCAAAGAGGUUGUCCUUAUCUUCUCCAAAAAAGGCUCGAACAGCUUCAAAUAGUGAAGAUGAUCGAGGAAUCACUAUCAUUCGAGGUAGAAAUUACUCUCUCUCACCUCACAAAUCACCCAUCAAGCGCAAGACAACGCUUGCAAGUAAGACUUCGAAACAUGUCAUAUCUUUUGAAGUAGACGAGCAACAUGAAGGUCGUACAAAAAAGAGAGAGAACAAGGGAAAGAGCUCAACUUUAGCGAAGAAAGCAGAGCUGGUCGAUUGCUAUGGAUCCGAAGCUGAUAGUCGAGUGAGAAAGAACGAAAGGAGUAGAGUGACCAAGACCCAACCCAAGAAAGAAGCCAGUCUAACAAAGGAGGUGGUCUUCAGUUCAUCCGAGAGAGGGAAGUGGCAGCCCAUUCCACAAGAGAUGCUCACACUGCUCAACAACAUUGUCAUGGCUGCUCUGGAACAAAGUACUGGAGAUCUGAGGGGAGCAACUAAAAGACAGGCAGAGCAGCAAAUCCAGCGGGUCAUUAGAGAGGUGAAUGCUGAGCUGAAGGUUUCCAUGGCUCCAAGAUCAAAGCAGCCCAAAAUGACCAGUAAAGCUAUGGAAACUGUAAACACGCUCAAAGCCGAGUGUGUGGCACUAGUGCAGAGAAAUGGUGAACUUGAAGAGAGACUUGCAGAGAGAACAAGGGUUAUUGAUGAGCUCAAGACAAGAACAGAUCAGUUGCAGGGCUCAGUCAAGCAACGCCCUGAGGCUGCACACCAGUCCACCGGGGCUGGUGACACUGGACGCAGGGAAACAGAGGUUUUCAGAGAAAGGAACAAUUUUCAAGAGUACAUUUCAAAGCUACUGGACUCCUAACCUUGCAUGUAGAUCUCUCAUUAUGUCUCGGUGCACCAGAGGCAGACGAUAGUGUGUUUGUGUGUGUGCAUGUUUAUAGAUCUAUCUAUGUACGCCCUCGUGCUUUGGGACACUAUAACACAUAGAUAUACCUUAUCUAGAUCCUGCUUUUCAUUGGCUAUGCAGGUGUAGGUUCUGCUCGUAUAGGCUCUAUAGCCAUGGAUUUGGAAAUCAAGCUUAUUUCUCUAUUAUUAUAGUUUUGCUUACUUUGAAGGCCAUUGCAGUCUCGUUGACUGUAUAGCAACAUGCACUAGAAUUUUUGUUGGAGCUGUAUUGCUUGUGUUGACACAUAGUUGGC